AUGAGUCCCAACGUCCUGUCUAUGCCCGAUGCAGUCCUGGCCUGGGUGGUCCGCCUGCGCCACUGGUUCCCCCUGAACGAAGGAUACGAGGUCACGCACCUCAUGUGUAGCGGCGGCCGGAACAUGGCAGCCUUCCACUCCGUGACUGUUCACCUCAUCAUCCCGGAGGAGGAUAUUGACUACAAGAUCCUGGGGUUGAUCCUAGGCGAACCUGGCUGGGACGAGGACCAUUGCCGCAAGAGGCCCGACUAUGAUCUGCUGCAUGCGCGCGUCAACUGCCACCGAGACCACAUGCUGGACUCGCUCCCGGAGGGCAGCAUCUUCGGCUGCGGAGUCUUGUGGCAUAGCGGGAUCUCGCUUCUGUCGUGGUCACCAAAGGGGAACAAGCUCCGUCAGUGCGCAGUCGAGGACGAUCGCAUUCAUCUGGAUGUGGUCCAUGACGCCGGGACCAUUGACCGGUGGUUCCGAUUUUUGAAGCAGCACUGGUCUCUCGACACCUUUCGUCAUGAGGGUAGACGUGAAUUCGAUUACUCGCAUCUGCGCGCGGAAUCUCGCUCUCCAAUUUAUAUUUACCGCAGCCCGCGCGAGUGA